UCCAGUUGCCUGGUUAGCCCCCGAGGAGGAAGCGCGUGUGGGUUAACUCUGUGAGGCUUGGGGGCCGCGUCGUGAGGAUCCCGCUGCUGGAAGCGGCUGAGUCUGGGAUGGCGGGGCUCAAUCCCCGGGUCCUCUCACCGCAGGGCAGCGUCGACUCGCUGGAUUCCGGCUAUCUGUCCGCCGACCUCGGCGACUUUCUCCUUCGCUUCUCGGCGCCGGUGACCGAGGGGCUGCGCCAGGUGUACGGCCCGCAAGGAGACAAACGGCCCUUCCUACAACAGCUGGAAGUUCGGAAUGCAGAGAAGUAUCCAAUGAUCAGUGAAUGGACGGGAAUCCAGGACACUUUAUGCCAAUCUGAGUUGGACUUAGUUGUGGAAAAAGCGAAGACUCUGAUACAAGUGAACAAUGAAUAUUAUUCUUGUAUUAGGCAUAAUCAAUUCCAGGAAAUCUACAAGCACCUGCUGCAGGUGGACCAAGAAAUAGGGAGUCUUUUGGCCUACUCAUUGAAAGCUGCUGGAACAAUGGAUUUGACAAAAGUGGAUUUGGAUCUGUUUGACUCUUUAAUUUCUGUACAUCCACUAUUUCCUGCCUCUCUGAAGGAUAUGACCUCACAACAUGGUCAACAGGAACUGAGAGAGUUUUCCCAGAAAAUAUGCUGGAUGCUGGGCCAGAAAAGUCUGGAUGAUAUCUCGGGCCAGAUAAAGCAAGACCUAGCUUGGUGUGCACGAGAGUUCCUGCAUGCUGUGCUCCUCUCAUUAAAAAGGCCGCAGGACCUUCAAAAUACAUUCUCACUGUUUCAAGGAAAGAAGAUUCUGCUGCCAAUCAAUAUUGAUCCCAGAUGGUCAAAGGAUUUUAAAAAAGUGAUGUUACUUGUACAUAAACACACCUCCUUCAAGGAGACUGAAACAAUGAUGUGGUUUGGUCCCACCUUAGUUGAUGCAUUUCUGAAAAUGUGUUCGUGUUUUGGUUACCCGCACAUUAGUCGUGAGAUGAGCAGGAAUAAACCUGAAAGGAAUGUUGUCAGAUUCACUCAACAACCGGGAAAGCAGGAUAAAGGCGUUCAUGAACUGGAUGUUGAUUUCUCUCCCUCAAUCUUUCUUACCCAAACUCUGGAGCAUGUGCAACAUUCUGAGUUAAUUAAGAAGCAAGAAACUGUUAAACAUCCAUCAUCUAUGGACGCCUGGCUAUUCAGAAUGGCAGGGGCUUUGGCCUCGGAAUGGAGGGCAGUAACCAAAGAUUUGGGUUUUAACAACUCUGACAUUGAACAAACAGCUUUGGAUCCUUGGUACAACCACCAGCAGCGAAUGUUCCACUUCCUGAAAAGACUAAUGGGUGAAAAAUGUGUGAAAUUCACAGAACUGUGCUUCCUGCUGUUAUGUAAAAGCAAAGAAUAUAAAUGUUGCAAGGUGUUGGGACAAAUCGUAGGAUCAGCUCUGGCAGCCGACACAGUUUCAACCCUCGAACCAAUCCAAGAUGCCGCAAGUAAUUGGGAUCAAAUACAUUUGCAAGAGAGGAGUAAAGAACCAGUGCAGCAGAACAGGUACCAACAUGUAGCUACCAUGCAGUGUGGUGAUCUUAGACUGAUUUAUAAUGGAAGCAAUGGAGCUCCAACUGUAAACGAAAUACAUGUGAAGGAGUUUGAGAAUUUUCUGGGCCAGGUGUCUCUGGCUGGGCCUCCCUUCAAUGUGCAUACACCCAGUACUGACACACAGCUGCUCUUGCUCCUGCCCAAAUGUCCAUCGUGCUCAGUUACAGGAAUGGACAUCAAUGCUGAGUUAAAAAAGAACCUUGCACUCUUCCUAAUAGGGAAAUAUCCAGGUCAGAAAAUACACCUGAAAUCUGUUUUAUUCAGAAAAUUUCAGCAGUUGCUCAGUGAAGAGGAGCAGAAGCUUCUUCAUACUUACCUGGUGCUGGAGGAUGCUGGUGCAAUUGUUAACCUCACUGUAACAAAAGGAAAGCAACACUUACAUCUGUUGUGGGAUGUCAUGCAGGAAUGUGGGGCAUUGAUUAGAGCCUGGCCUACAAGAUAUCAGGAUCUGCUACAAAACAUGCGAAUUCGAGUUGCACACAUUAGAGAUGGAAACCUUGAGCUGUUUGUCCCUCAGGCUGACAGUGGGUCACAUGUCUGGAUUCUGCUUCGUUCCCACUCUCCAGUCGCUGUGGUAGAAAAGCUCUGGAAUUACUUCACUGACUGUGAGGCCUACUGUUUAUUGUACAAACCAGUGGGACGAUUAUAUAUAAAGAAUAAAAUCAAGAUGUAUGCGUAUUUGAUUCCCAACUGUGACACUUUGGUUCAGGCCUUGAACAGAGAGCAUGACAGCUACAAACAAGUGUUUAAAACAAAACUGCUGGUACACAAGAAUGCCUCAUACAAACUGCAGUUUAGAAAUACAAAUGUAACCAAAGUUGUCUCCAUCACCCCUGCGGAUGCCGCAGUGUUCAAGCAUUCACUAUGUCCCCAUGAGUCAAAGACAAAGUACAUCCUGCAACUGGACGGACAUUUCGAUGACUGGCCGUUGGUGUUUCAACUGGUACAGGAGGAUAAAAGCUGUGUGGUGUUAAAUGAGCUCAUAACUGAGGAACAACUACGACACGAAAAUGAAGAAUACAUCUUGGUUACAGUGAACGGAAAACGAUAUUGCAUCCUUAGAAUUCACAGUCACAUCACCUACCAGCAAUUUGCAUCCGAAAUGGAAGAGACGUUCCCAGGAAAGACAUUCAACAUAUAUUAUAAACAAAAAGGCAAUGCUCCAUUGCUGAUUAACGGACAGAACAGUAUAGAAUAUCUCCUCAAACAGUGCGAGACAGGGGACAUUAUCCUGCAAGCUGAAGAAAAAUCACAUUGUUCCAGCCUGAGGCAAUCCAGUGAGGAAGAAGAGCCAACACUUUCUGAACUCAAGGAAAAGGCAUUCAGUCAGUUAGGGAGCUUUAAGUCAUCCAGGAUUCCACACUCACAAGGCAGAACACAGAUUGUAGGGACACCAAAACACUUCCUGCAGAAGAAUAAGUUAGCGCUCAUAACCAGGCUCACAGAAAUCCACUGCAUCAUUGAGGAACUGAAAACAAAGGACAUUCUCAAUGAAACUGAAUAUGAGAAGUUGCUGACAGCCAAACAUCUUUCAGACCAAAAUAGAGAAACACUGAAUUAUGUCAUUAAAAAAGGAACUGUUGCAAUGAAUUAUUUUUGUGAUCUCCUUCACAGAUAUCAUCCAUUGCUUGUUAAAGACAUAGAGAGUAAUGAAUAACCUGUACAGUAGAAUUCAGAAUCUGUCCUAUCAACCAGCUUUACAGUAAUGCAACAGUCAAAAUUAGCUAGGUUGUAAAAAGAUUCUGCAAUUACUCAGUAUUUAUGAUCUUGCAGAUGGGUGCAAAGUAUGGCUAUUAAGGCCCUAAGACUGCUUGGCCCAUUAUAGCCUUCAACUGGAUUUGUUUAAUCUCAAUUCAACAAAUGCAUCAGAAAGGCCAUUCAGCCCAUUGAGACUGCUCCACCAGUUAGUAAUACCUUGGCUGAUCAAACACUUAUCCCCACAAGUCUUUGUGCCAUCAAUAAUCCCCCCAAAAAAUCAAAGUCUACUUGAAAUAUCCUGAAUGAACAAGUUUCCAUAUUCUCUGGGGUAGAGAAUUACAAAGGUUUACAACCCUGAAUUUAAACAAAAAUCUCAAGGGGCUGAAGUGGCAUUCCUUUUUAAAAAAACAAUGUGCUUCCAGUUCCAGACUUCCUAAACAGUGAAAACAACAGAAUAGAUGCAGUAAUGUAGUUUGUGGAUUUCAGUGAGAUCUCAUUCUUUAGGCUCAGAUUUGCUCUCUUCAAAGGACAAUCCUGUUGUAUCACAAAUAUGUCUGUUGAGCUAUGCAAUGUAAUUUAACAGCUACAGUUUUCCUGUAAAAAAAGGCAACAUCCAAUUUGAACACACGAUCCCACAAUUAAGAAUGAUCAGUAAAUUGUGAGAGACUUUGGCUGAAUGAUAAAUAUUGGCCAAGUCAUUGGAGAAUGCUUGUUUGCUUUCUGUAAAUUGUGCCAAGGUAUCUUUUAUCUUCACCUGAAAAUAGAUACACACUCAGUACUGUAUUGGAAUAUCAGCCAACAUUUUACUUGAACUCUAGUGUAGGACUUGAACACACAACAUAUUAACUUUAAGAUUCAAGCGCCAUCCUCUGAGCUACAGCUGAGACCACACUCUGUAGAGACACUGACAUUACAUCCAAAUAUGGGACAUAGAACAGUACAGCACAGGCCCUUCAGCCCCUGAUGUUGUGCCAAACUUUUACCUUAAUCCUAAGGUCUAUCUAACCUCCACCCCCACCUUACACAAUCAAGUAUGUUUCUAUGAUAUUUUAUUGGUCCAUUGAAGAUCAAGUGGUUGGUAUCACAUUUUCACACAGCUAAUCACUUUCUCAAGGGCAACUAAGA